GAGCACCACCUGCUGUGGUGUCACGUAAUAAAUGUUCACGGGAUGACACGGAAGUGUGUGGAAGAUCUGCAGAUCUUCAGUCUAUUAUUUCGGUGUCAUUUUUAGUGCUUAUGGGUUCUGAAUCUGCGUCAACGUUUGUCGUCCGUAGCUGGAGGCUAUCAAUAUGGAUUGCUAGUAAAUAAAACCGGAGCAACUAAGCAGGUUAAGGGAGUACUGAGAAAGGAGAUGUUGUAUGUUCUGAUGGGGCUGUUUUUACACACGUUACAGGGACGUGUGUGAUGUGUGAACGGCUUUACUUUUGUCUUUCACCGUCUGUUUGACCUGCGUGAGGGGGCCGAGCAAUGAAUAAACCCAAAAUGGCAAUGGAGAAAGGCAUCCCCAGCAGUUCCCGGGUGCUGAUGUUACUCGGGCAGUUGGAGAGGUUCAAUGGAGAGACCCUGCACUCCGACAGUGAGGCCAUCAGACAGGUGACCGGCAAAAUCCUGCACCUCAUCCAGACUCAAGAGAAGACGCAUAAGGAGAUCAUGGCUAAAGGCUCGAGUGGGAUGGAGGUCAUUCUCUCAACUCUAGAGAACACAAGGGAUUUGCAGACAACUCUGAGCGUCCUGGGGAUUCUGAAUGAGCUGUUGACUGUGGGUGGCGGCCGCAGGAUUGGCGUGUUCGUAUCUAAAGGAGGAACCGGCAUCCUCCUGCAGUUACUGAUCAGCUCCGGCAGAGAAACGUCUCCCAGUGAAGAGCUCAUGCUGCAGAUCCACGCUCUACUAGCCAAAGUCGGGCCUAAAGACAGGAAGUUUGGAAUUAAAGCACGGCUGAUCGGGGCUCUGAACGUGACCGUGAAUCUGCUGAAACAAAACCUGCAGAAUUACAAACUGCUGCUGCCGUGUAUACAAGUUCUCCGCGUCUACGCCAGCAACUCGGUGAACGGCGUGUCUCUGGGAAAGAGCGGCGUCGUGGAGAUGAUGUUCAAAGUCAUCGGACCCUACAGCAAGAAGAACACCACUCUGCUGAAAGUGGCCCUUGAUACGGUGGCAGUAUUGCUGAAAUCAAAAAUGAAUGCCCGGCGGGCGGUAGACAGGGGACACAUGCCAGCUCUGCUCGCCAUCUAUCAGGACUGGCACCAGAACGACACACGCCACAGACACGUGCUGAUUCGCAAGAGCAUUCUGGGUUGCAUCAAAAACCUCACCAACAUCAAGCUGGGUAGAAAGGCUUUCAUCGACGCAGAUGGCAUGAGGAUUCUCUACAACACAUCUACUGAGUGUUUGCCUGUUAGGACUUUGGAUCCUCUAGUCAACAUUUCCAGCCUGAUCAUGAGAAAGUGCUUUCCAAAGAACCGCUUGCCUGUGCCCACCAUUAAGAGCGUCUUUCAUUACCCACUACCACACGUUCCAGCCAGCGGACCCGUAGCUCAACUCUACAGUCAGCCCCCGGGGGUGGAUGACGUUGUAGAUGAGAGUGAUGAUAACGAGGACACAGAGAUUGACACGGAGAAUGAGGAGGAUGAGAAGGACCACAAGUCACAGAAUCAUGAUGUCGAGACUGAUCUCAACAAACUACGACCCAGACAGAUACCCAUACGCCCAUUUGAUGAAUUAAGACCUUUCGAGUGUUUCUUUCCGGAAUUUUCUGAGGAUUUUCAGGACUAUGAUUUUGAGACUAACAAAUCCAUGUCCCCUCCCGCUCCUGAAGCUCCAAAGCACCAAAAACACUCUAUAGUCAUCCCCACAGCUCAGACCAAACCCAGAAACAAAUCCUCACACCAGAACCAGGGAGAUAAACCACUGGAUCUGGACGGCAUCUCAAUCGCCAAAGCUCCAGAGCGGGAGCUGGUACACGGUCUGAGCCGGCUGCUUCUUGACACGUCCGAUCCGGUGAAUGGAGGAAGCUGUGUGGAGGCGGGGCUUCAGGAAGAGGGUGGGGAGCAGGCGGAGCUCGAGGUGCCCGAUACUGCCGCCCUUCUGCCUCUGCAUGACCCCGAUCUGUACCUGGAGAUGGUGAAGGGAACGUUCUCUGUGCCUGGGUACACUGAGGUGGCGUAUCCGGAUUAUUUUGGUCACGUAGCACCCAGCUUUCGUGAGCACAUUUUCGAGAGGGUUUAUGGUGUCCAGAGGGCAAAAAUCUUCCAGGAUAUUGAGAGGCUCAUUCACCCCAGUGACAUCAUGGAUAAAGUUGUGUAUGACCUUGACCUGCAGAGCUGUCCGUUAAUCGAUGACGGCGAGUCUCUGAAGUUCAACUCGCAGUUUGAAUCGGGGAACUUGCGCAAAGCAAUUCAAGUCAGAAAGUUCGAGUAUGACUUGGUGCUAAACUCGGACAUCAAUAGUAAUCACUAUCAUCAGUGGUUCUACUUUGAGGUGAGCGGAAUGCGUGUGGGGGUACCGUAUCGCUUCAACAUCAUCAACUGUGAAAAAUCCAACAGCCAGUUCAACUACGGCAUGCAGGCGCUCAUGUACUCUGUACAGGAAGCGAUCAGGGGAAGCCCUCGCUGGGUUCGUACUGGAUCUGACAUCUGCUACUACAAGAACCAUUUCUCACGGAGCUCCAUCGCAGCUGGGGGUCAGAAAGGCAAAUCCUAUUACACCAUCACCUUUACUGUGACCUUUCAUCACAAGGAUGACGUCUGUUACUUUGCCUAUCAUUACCCGUACACCUACUCGACCCUGAAGAUGCAUCUCCAGAAGCUGCACGCUCUGUGCACGCCUCACAUCUACUACAGACAGCAGCAGCUUUGUAAGACGCUCGGCGGAAACGACUGCCCUCUGCUGACCAUCACAGCCAUGCCGGAGUCCUCCAGCAACGACCACGUCUGCCAGUUCAAGAACCGGCCGCUUGUGUUCCUCUCCGCACGCGUUCACCCCGGAGAGACCAACGCCAGCUGGGUGAUGAAGGGCACGCUGGAGUUCCUGAUGAGCUCUGGCCCUCUGGCACAAAGCCUUCGAGAGAGCUACAUCUUCAAAAUCAUCCCUAUGCUCAACCCAGACGGGGUCAUCAAUGGAAAUCACAGGUGUUCUCUGAGCGGCGAGGAUCUGAACAGACAGUGGCAGAACCCCAGUGCGGAGCUUCACCCCACCAUCUACCACACCAAGAGUCUGCUGCAGUACCUCAGCGCUAUCGGGAGAGCACCACUGGUAUUCUGUGACUACCACGGCCACUCGAGGAAGAAGAAUGUGUUCAUGUACGGCUGCAGUGUAAAGGAGACGGUGUGGCAGACCAACGUCAGUGCCAGCUCCUGUGACCUGCAGGAGGAUCUGGGAUACAGGACUCUCCCUAAGUUGCUGUCUCAGCUGGCUCCUGCCUUUAGCUUGUCCAGCUGCAGCUUCGUGGUGGAGCGCUCUAAAGAGUCGACGGCGCGAGUGGUGGUGUGGAACGAGAUCGGCGUCCAGCGCAGCUACACCAUGGAGAGCACGCUGUGCGGCUGCGACCAGGGCAAAUACAAGGGUCUCCAGAUCGGGACGAGGGAGCUGGAGGAAAUGGGAGCCCAGUUCUGUGUGGCUCUGCUCAGACUAAGACGCCACACGUCACCUCUGGAGCUGCGUAACCACAACACGCACCUGCUGGACGUGGAGAGUGAUUUAAUAGACACAAGCCCCACCACUUACGUGAUGGAGGAAGAUGAGCCUGCCUAUAUAGAAGAAGUGGACUACAGCGCUGAGAGUGAUGACGAGAACGACCCCGAGCUCGAGCCCGCCCACCUGGACCUGAACUCAGACCCUGAAUUCAACCACCAAGACUCUCUGACCUGAGGGCUCGUCAGCUUAUGUAGUCCGCCCCAAAUUCAGCUUUGACACACAACCUAAAAAAAAAAAUACCAAAACCAGUCCUAGUUACUGAUACCAGUGUAUUCAAUUAAACUUCUUUUCCAUUUACAUAACAGCUACCUGAACUGUAUUGGGCACCUCAUAUACUUGCAAUUACCCAAAUUAGAUACUAUAAACAUUUCUUAAUAUUAAUACUAUGAAAAGGUUGCCAAUCCACAGAACCUGAUAUACGUAGAAUUACUGGACAAAAAGUAGAAUCUAACUGUAGCUAGUAAUGAACAUGUUAAAAAUGCAAAACUCCUUAACAAUCUCGAGUCAUUAAGAACAAGUUAAUGGUGCUACAUGUGGACGCUUCACAUUUCAACAUGUUCACAUAGACUACAGCGAAGCUGCCUUUCUCUUAAACCUUAAAGCAUUGACAUCACAUCACAUUAUAUCAUUAUAAUAGUGUUCCAUUGCAGCACAUUUUACAGUAUUGCAUGGCAUAAGAUAAAAAAAACACCCACCACCAUGCUUCACGUUGCAGUUCAGUGUGAGGAAUGUAAUACCUGGUUCAUCUUCAUAUCACUCGUGUGUAGUUGGUGUCUGAUAGCAGCUCAGUAUUGUGAACAGGUUACAGUAUUGGAUCAGUAUCACAUCGGUCAAGGUCGGAUCUUGCAGCCAUUUGCACCAUUUCGCAAAACAAACACACAAGCUCUUGUAUUUUAAUUUCCAUGUGACACUAUUUCUGUCAUGUUUGUAUAAUAAGUGCAUGACUCAUGAAUGUCGCUUUUCUAAUUUAUUUUAUUUGUUUGAAGGAAAAACAAUUUUUUUGUGGGUGGGGGGGCGCACCUGUUAUAGCUUUGUGUGUAUAUGAAUGUACGAGUGUGUGUAUGUGUGUGUGUGUGUGUGGAUAUGGCUUAAAUGUGUAUAGGAGAUACAUACCAAAAUUUAUUUGGUUUUAAAAAUAAUUGUCCAACCUCUGACAAGUGAAAGUAAUAAACAUUUAAGUAAAGCUGG